UUCUUCUCUCCGAUUUCAUCUUUUCUCCUCCUCGCUCCCUCCGACUAUUCUAAAAUUACGCGUAAACAAAGGCAUACAUAUGCAACCGAAAAAUGGACUAGAUUAAACGUGAGUUGAUGUGAAUUCUCUCGAAUCGUCGUUUCUUGUAAUAUUCCCUUGCGUCGAUUCUUUCUACCGAUUCUGUGUAUCGUCAUGAACAUCGAUAUUAUACCGCGUAAUAAUUGACGGACAAUCGGAUUAUCAUCUCCGUCGUCUCCUUCCUCUCGUGAUUCUAUUCACCGUGUCACUUGUCCCGUUGUAAUCAUCUUGGAUCAUUAAUCCCAAGAUGUCAGAUGUCAAGAGCCUUGAACAUCCUACAUUGAAGGUUCCGUAUGAACUUCUGAACAAGAAGUUCCGCUCUGCCCAGAAAACUCUCGACAGAGAGGUGUCACAUGUUCAAGCAGUAUCUAACGAACUUGAGAAAAGUCUUAAAACUGACGGAUCUUAUGUAGCAACUGGAGAAAUCAGCAAGUUGCUUGGUGGCGUAGUUGCUAGACUUCAGGUUUUAAAGCGUAAAGCUCAAGAAUCCAUAGCGGAGGAAUUACAAGCAGGCAUGGUUUGCAAAAGAAGAUUGGAUCACUUAAAAGAACAUGCUAAUACCUCUCCAAGUGCUGUGAAUCAAUGGAGACGACAGAGAUUAGACAGAAUGCUAGUAGAAUAUUUUCUUCGCAAAGGAUAUUACAAAACGGCGACUAAAUUGGCAGACAGUAACGAGCUCAGAGAUUUAACAAAUAUUGAUGUGUUUAUGGUAUCAAGAGAAGUGGAGAAAUCUCUGGCCAAUCACGAAACUGCAAGAUGUAUUGGUUGGUGUCAUGAUAAUCGUUCAAAAUUAAGAAAACUGGGUAGCACAAUGGAGUUUAAUUUACGCGUACAGGAAUUUAUCGAAUUGGUGCGAACCGACAGACGACUGGACGCAGUAAAACACGCCCGAAAAUACUUUUCGAAUUAUGACGAUUAUCAGCUGCAAGAGAUUCAGUGUUGUAUGGGCCAGUUGGCGUUUCCAGCUCAUGCAUAUUUAAGUCCCUAUAAAGAUCUAUUAGAUGAAAAAAGAUGGGACAAACUGAUCGAAACAUUUCGUCAAGAGAACUAUAGAUUAUUUCAGUUGGCAAGCCAGAGUGUAUUCACGGUAGCUUUACAGGCUGGCUUGUCAGCUCUCAAGACUCCUCAGUGUUAUAGCGCAAAUAAGGAAGGUCGGAAUCCUAGUUGUCCAAUCUGCAAUGAAGCGUUAAAUGAAUUGGCUGCACCAUUGCCUUUUGCUCAUUGCUCACAAUCACGGCUUGUUUGUAGUAUAAGCGGAAAACCGCUAAACGAACAUAAUCAACCAAUGAUGAUGCCUAAUGGAUAUGUAUAUGGUGAACAAGCAUUAGAAAAGAUGGCUCAAGAAAACAAUGGUACGGUAAUUUGCCCCAAAACCAAAGAAGUAUUUCCAUAUAAAAAGAUCGAAAAGGUUUUCGUUAUGUAAGCUGAUAUUGACACAGUAUAUACAUGUUGUACUAUAUGCUUAAUGCUCUAAUGGUCUCCUUCUAGCUCCAAUCUUUCUUUAUUAUUUAAGUGAUUGUAUACAGCAUUAAUGGAAUAAAAUAACAUUUAUUUUUAAGAAAUA